UAGCAAGUGAAUGAACCCUAGAAUUAGGGAUGCGAGCAUCAUUGACAAACGUAGUUCAAUGUCCGAACGGGGAGUGUAUUUACUGACUGUAGCCGAAUCACUUGAAACCACCAGACUGUUUAGAGAUACAUUUUAAAGCUACGCCGACACUGCACGUUGUGCCCUAGGGAAAACUCGCCGAAACCUUGCAUAUGAAGAGAACUUUAACAAGCGGAAGUGCUGAUCGCCCAGGAUUUCGCUGUCAGACCCAACUGCCCAAGCUCAAAAGGCGUACAUGAACCACAAAGGACGUUUCAGAAGACAACAGUGAGAUGUCCGAACACACACCCCUCAUCUCACAUGGGGUGUGUGGUCUUCCGGUCAGCUCCACUUUUUGUGGCCUGGGCUCCGAGACCCUGGGAGAGGCACCGGCUCACAGCGCCUCUCCCAGGAAGUUGAACACCUUCUUUGGAGUGAUGGUUCCUACCAUCCUCUCCAUGUUCAGCAUCGUACUCUUUCUACGAACGGGGUUUGUUGUUGGUCAUGCAGGCCUGUUGCAGGGUCUGUUGAUGCUGGUGGUGGCCUACACCAUCAUCUCUCUCACCAUCCUGUCCAUCUGUGCCAUCUCCACCAACGGGGCGGUGCAGGGAGGGGGCGCCUACUUCAUGAUAAGCCGAUCAUUGGGCCCUGAGUUUGGAGGCAGCAUCGGCCUCAUGUUCUUCCUGGCUAAGGUGUGUGCCUGUGGGGUAUACGUGCUGGGGCUAGUCGAGGCCAUCCUGGAUGUAUUUGGUCAAGACCCAGCGUUGUUGGAGACGGCGGGAGUGCGCGUCCUGCCUCAGAGUUACUGGUUCACGGUGCUUUACUCCUCCGCCAUCCUGCUCCUCUGCCUGUUGGUGUGUCUGGUGGGGGCGCACAUCUACGCCCGCACCGCCUUCCUCAUCCUGCUGCUGGUGACCGUCACCGUGGUGUCCAUCCUCAUCAGCCCCCUGAUCGUGUCGCCCCAAGACUUUGUCAUCGCCCACCGCGGCCCCGGCAACCAGACCCACUUCUACAACGUCAGCUACACAGGCUUCAACGCCACCACGCUCAGAAACAACCUGAACUCUGGUUACACGCUGGACUACAGCACCAACAAGGUGAUGUCGUUCGCCAGUGUGUUCGCUGUCAUGUUCACCAGCUGCACCGGGAUCAUGGCAGGGGCUAACAUGUCAGGCGAGCUGAAGAACCCCAGCGUGUCGAUCCCCAGAGGCACCAUCGCAGCUGUCCUUUACACCUUCAUCAUCUACCUCCUCCUCUUCCUCCUCGUCAGCUCCACCUGUGACAGGGCCCUCCUGGUUCAGGACUACGGGUUCUUCCAGCGCAUCAACGUUUGGCGCCCCUUCGUCACCAUCGGGGUGUACUGUGCCUCCCUGUCAGCUGCCAUGAGCUCUCUGAUCGGAGCCUCCCGGAUCCUGCACGCCCUGGCGCUGGACCAGCUGUUUGGUUUGCCCCUGGCCCCGGCGGCCAUUACGUCCCGCUCGGGGAACCCGUGGGUGGCGGUCGUGUACACCUGGGGCCUGGCUCAGUGUGUGGUGUUUGCUGGGCAGCUCAACACCAUCGCAGGCCUGGUGACUGUGUUCUAUCUGUUGGCCUACGCUGCUGUGGACCUGGCCUGCCUGGCGCUGGAGUGGGCCUCCGCACCCAACUUCAGGCCCACGUUCCAGGUGUUCUCCUGGCACAGCUGUCUCCUGGGCAUCGUCAGCUGCCUGGUGAUGAUGUUCGUCAUCAACCCUGUGUACUCGUCUGCCAGCGUAGCUCUGCUGCUGCUGCUGCUGCUGUUUCUGCACUACCGCUCUCCCACCAGUAGCUGGGGCUACAUCAGCCAGGCGCUCAUCUUCCACCAGGUGCGUAAGUACCUCCUGAUGCUGGACGUGAGGAAGGACCACGUGAAGUUCUGGAGGCCGCAGGUGCUGCUUAUGGUGGCCAACCCUCGCUCCUCCUGCCAGCUCAUCAACUUCGUCAACCAGCUGAAGAAGGGAGGGCUGUUUGUGUUGGGCCACGUUCAGCUGGGAGACCUAGACUCGCUGCCCUCUGACCCCGUGCAGCAGCAGUAUAACUUCUGGCUGAGCCUGGUGGACAAGCUGGGGGUGAAGGCCUUCGUAGACCUAACCCUGUCCCUGUCUGUCAGGCAGGGCACUCAGCACCUGCUACGCAUCACCGGACUGGGAGGCAUGAAGCCCAACACCCUGGUCCUGGGCUUCUACGACAACUGCACCCCGGAGGACUACUUCCUGCACGACCCAGCGUUCUGCAAGUCCUCGCUGGGCCCCUCCGCCGAAGGCGACAACUUUGGCGUGGACCUCCCCUCCCUCCAGGCCCACUUCCCCCCCGUGCGCCACAUGGAGAGCCCUCGCUGGCUGAGCGCCGACGAGUACGUGGGCAUCGUCUCCGACGCCAUCAAGAUGAACAAGAACGUGUGCCUGGGCCGCUACUUCUUCCAGCUGGAGGGCGAGGGGCGGGAGAGUCGCACGGAGGGGGCGGAGAGGACCAUCGACGUGUGGCCCCUGGACCUGCUGAGCCCGGGCCACGGCGCCCUGGUGGACGUGGGCAGCCUGUUCCUGCUCCAGAUGGCCUGUGUCCUCAACAUGGCAACCAGGUGGCGCCGUGCCAGGAUGAGGAUCUUCCUGUGCGUGGAGGCCGAGUCCGGCGACCAGGGCUGGGUGGCGAAGGAGGAGACCUUCAGGGAGCUGCUGGGAAUGCUGCGGAUCCGAGCCUCCAUCAAGAUCGUCCCCUGGGACGCCGUGGCACAGCUGUGCGGCCGGCGACCCGAGCCCGACGACGACCCCUCCAAGACGGCCCCCGUUCUCUCGGAGCGUUUCCUGUCCGCCGUCAACCGCCUGCUGAUGGACUACAGCUCCCAGGCUGCCGUGCGCUUCCUGUAUCUGCCACGCCCACCCACGCUGUCCAGCCAAUCGCAGCAGUACCUGGCUCAGCUGGACGCGAUGACUCAGGGCUUAGGCCCCACCUUACUGAUUCACGGGCUCACCCCGGUCACAUGCACCGACCUCUGAUUCCGUCGGUUCUCCGAGAUCGUUCUCGUUGUGUAACUAGACGUACCGCUAGGACAGGAAGUGUACAAUAUACCCGUGAUAUUUAUUAGGAGCAAUGUGCACGGCAUCAUAUAAAGGGAUGUUUGUAUAUACGUAGGUUUUGUUCUGUAAGCACAGAACAAACACUAACGGCACAUCAUUGCCGUUUCAUCCACAGAUAACCAGCCACGUUUCAAAGGACCUGUUGUACAGUAAUACCCUCUUGUGUUUACGCUGCAAUAAAACAAAAUGGAGGCCCUGCUUGUGGGUUGGCUAGGUUAGAGGUCAAACAAAGGGAUGAGAGAGGCUGUGUGUCGUGUGACCUCACACACACCCCCCCGGCUCCUGUAACGUGUCCAGAGAGGCUAAGGGCUGUUCUGUUACAGACUACAUCCAUGUUAAGGCGACUACCUACUCUCUUCAGCAGUGUAGAACGUAUGUUAUGUUAUGGUGGUGUUGUGGUUGAGGUAAAGAGAUAUCUCGCUAUCUCUUAUUUUGUUCUCUAAUAUGUUGUCAUUGGACAAAGGGAAAAUAUGCUAUCUCACCGUGGAAUUUCUUAUUCCUAAAUAUUGUGCUUAUUUUAGUGUAGUUCUCUAAUGUAUACAGUAUAUUUGCUUUAGUUGGGAAGAUAGUACCAGACUAUUCCAGGCUUCAGGUCGGUCAUCAUUCCUGCUUGUCCAGACCCGACCCUCCUUAAUAUCCACUUCCUGUUCACCAGAUCACUAACACUGAUACAACAGCAGAGGUCCCUUCUCUCUCAUCCAAUAGCAUCUCUUCCCUUCCUUUGUUCAGGACCAGCCAGCGUCCUUGCUCCGUGUAUGCUUAACUGAUCAAGCACAGAUGGGAUUUUUGUAUUUAUAAAAGUUACUUUGGAAUACUUGAUAAGCCCACGCAAAUGUCUGCAAUUGUUACUGGGUGUCCGUUAGUUUGAGAGAGACCCAGACAGGGGGAUUCUCUGCUUGGGUCUACACACACUUCAUAAGCUGUCCUCAGGUGAAGUUUCCCAGACUCCUGGGUGCAUGAGGGGGAUCACCAGCGUGAACCAGGCUGCUGACCUGACUAGCUGUCUAAUACAUAGACAAGGAACACUCUUAUACUGGGAAAAACAAAGCAGUGACAUAAAUGUUGUUUUAUUGCGAUAAGAUAAUGACACUUUUGUCAAAUGCAUUUUCGUUAUAACGUGUUACACUGUGAUAUAUAUACUUGAAAAAAAACAUUUGAGUGUUUAUGAGAUAUAAAUAUAAUAAAAAAGAUAAAAAUGUU